AUGCUGGAGGCCACGGAGGACCUUGUGGGCUACACCGCAGCCGAAGAGGCUAAGAGACUGCGAGCGGUCAACGUCAAGCAGGAGCAGGAGAUCCUGCAACUGCGUAAGGAGCUCGAUGAAGUUAGAAGGGAGUUGGCGAGGGUUUCGCAGGUGCUAGCGUUGCCCACAUCGACUGCGACCCCGGCCCCGAACACCAAGGAGGAAGAGGAGGAGUUGCGCCUACAGCGCAUUAUGCGAGCUGUCGGCACUAUGCUCGACGCUCGCUUUGAAGGGCUGGAGGCACGGCUUCUACCGGAGCCCCGAAUGCGACCACCGCUAGCGGCGGACAAGCAGAGGAGCCGGGAAGAAUCGUCUAAUCCCCCUGUCGUCGUUGACGCUGCACCGGAUGCGGCACCGUCAUCAGUGCCACCGAUGACAUUGGCGAAAAAGAGGAUGCGUGGCCCCAAGAGAAGUGUCACCGCGCAAGCGGCUUCAUCCGAAACGCACACCUUCCUCCCGGCUCCAGCUUCCAUGAUCGAGAGCUGGUCAACGGUCACCCGUAGGGGUGCUCGACCGAGGGAGGAAGCAGUGAGGACGGUUCCAGCGGCAGCUAUCGCUGAAGCGGAAAGGAAAGACCGGUCUUCUGUAAAGAGGAAAGAGAAGAAGCUGCGCCCUCCACGCACUCAGGCCGUUGUCCUCAAGCUGCAACCAGAGGCCGUGGAAAGAGGACUCACGUACCGCACUGUACUCGCCGAAGCGAGGGCCAAGGUUGAUCCUGGGGCACUUGGAAUACCCAUCCAGCGCAUCCGGUCUGCAGUGACUGGGUCUAAGGUGCUGGUAGUGGAAGGUGCAGACCAGAGCGCCAAGGCCGAUCUCCUGGCCCAAAAGCUUCGUGAGGUUCUGCCCGCAGAAGGGGUCAUAGUGACCAGGCCAGUAACGACUGCAGCCAUCCGCAUCAGCGGACUGGACGACUCCCUGAUGCCGGAGGAACUUACCGCGGAGCUUGCCCGGAUUGGCGAAUGCGCUCCUGAUGCGGUGAAGAUCGGAGACAUCAAGUAUGGCCCAGGCGGGAUGGGUCAAGUAUUGGUCCGGUUGCCCGUCGUUGCCACGAUGAAGGUUCUCGCCGUUCCAAAACUGAGGGUUGGUUGGAGCGUGCUCCGCGCUUGUUUGUUAGAGGCUAAGAAGCUACAGUGCUUCCGAUGCCAUGAGCUAGGGCACGUGAGCGCCCGAUGUCCUUCGUCGGUCGACCGCAGCCGGGAUUGUUAUCGGUGUGGCCAGACCGGCCACGUAGCGGCCGGCUGCUCUCUUGCACCACACUGCGCUGUAUGUACCGCUGCCGGCAGACCGGCGGACCAUGUCUCCGGGAGCAAGGCUUGUGCCAAGUCCCCGAGACCGAGACUUAGAAGAGGAACUUCCGCUGCACUUGAAAAUGCACGGAGGCAGCCCGGUCGCGGCUUCGUUGCCGUCCUCUGGGCCGAGAUAUUCGUGUUGGGAGUGUACUUUUCCCCAAACAGGACGCUCGCCGAGUUUGAGGUUUUCCUCAGCGAGCUCAGCCGCGUCGUUGGAAGGUCGCACUUCCGACGGAUUCUCGUUCUAGGUGACCUAAAUGCCAAGUCAUUGUCUUGGGGUUCCUCUAGGACGUGCCCCAGAGGUAGAGCGGUGGAGGAGUGGCUGGUCGGAAGCGGUCUCCUCAUCCUCAAUCGCGGUACGGAACUCACAUGCGUGCGACGUUUGGGCGGAUCCGUGGUGGACGUUACAUUCGCCACGCCUGACGUCGCAUAUCGCGUACGCGGUUGGGCGGUGAUGGUUGGCGAGGAGACCCUCUCCGACCACCGUUACAUCCGAUUCAGUGUCGCCGCGACCCCGGUCGGUUCUGUUCGGGGCUUUUCCUUGCCCAUCAGUGGCAGCGCUAGGGGUCCUCGUUGGGCCCAGAAGCGCCUCAACAUCGAGCGGUUGCGUGAGGCGGCCAUAGUGCAGGCGUGGCGUCUUGACUCGCUUGGCGAGCCAGCAGACGUGUGCGAGGGGGUGGAGCGUCUGCGCGAGGCAAUGUCACGGGUGUGUGACGCUGCUAUGCCUCGCGUGAGAGCUCUCGCUCCUAAGCGCCAAGUUCAUUGGUGGACCGAGGAGAUCGCCAGCCAGCGCCGGCUAUGCGAUAUUAGUCGUCGCACAUACCAGCGAUAUCGACGACGAAGAACGCGCCGGGACCCCAACGAGGAGGACCGCCUGUACGAAGUGUACAGGACGGCGAUAAGAACCCUGCGCUUGGCUAUCGGGGAGGCGAAGGAGGCCGCCUGGAACGACCUACUGGCCUCGCUGGACCGUGACCCGUGGGGGCGGCCCUACAGGCUGGCGCGUAAUGCGCUUCGCCGUUGGGCUCCUCCCGCAACCAGCACCCUGCCGCCGGAAACAUUGCAGCGGGUAGUCGGGGGUCUGUUUCCCGAUUUAUCCGGGACGGCCUUCGUCCCCCCUGUGAUGACAAUGGCGCGGAUUGCUGAUAGCGAAGAGCUUGAGGACGUCUCCCAGGUGGAGUUCGAUUUGGCUGUGCAGAGGAUGCGGGCUAAGCGCACGGCACCCGGUCCCGAUGGGAUCUCGUCCCAAGCGUGGGCGCUCGCCUUGACAGGUGACGGCUUGGGGCCUGCCCUCCAAGGGCUAUUCAGCAGGUGCCUCCGUGAGGGCAGGUUCCCAGAGCCAUGGAAGACUGGUCGGCUUGUCCUUAUUCCUAAGGAAGGCCGGCCACGUGACGAGCCAAGCGGGUACCGCCCAAUCGUCGUGCUGGACGAGGCUGGUAAGCUCCUCGAGCGCAUCGUCGCCAGUCGCCUCGUCCAGCACCUCGAAAGCGUUGGGCCUGACCUGGCUCCUAACCAAUAUGGUUUCCGGAGAGGUCGCUCCACCAUGGACGCUGUCUUGCGCGUCCGCCACCUCUCCGAUCGUGCGUGCUCCGAGGGGGGCGUGUUUCGAUGGCGCUUCGACCACCACUUUGGUGAGUUAGUCCCGAAGCUGCUGGGGAUGGCGGGCGCACUAGCCCGUCUUCUCCCCAACGUCGGUGGUUGCAGCGCCGGCGUCCGGCGUCUGUACCUGGGGGUCGUGCGCACAUUGGGUGGAGACGGGCUGAAGAAGAGAUUGGUGAACGUGCUCAUUGCCCGCCUGGUGAUGAAUGGUUCCUGGAGCCAUAGAAAUCACAAGUUGCUUCCCAACUUGACCCACGCGGUAGAAGACUCAAUCGAAUUGUAA